AUGCAUAAAUUUCUCAAAGAUUUAUCAGUUAAAGCUCAAGUAGUCGAAGAAACAACGCUUUCUCCUUAUAUAAUCAAUUUUCUUGACUCAGACACCAAAAGCAUUUUUUUACACCUAAAGCAGUUUGCUGAUGAGCUGUGAUACCUCAUAAUUUAUUCAGAAAAAGACCAAAAUUUUCUUGAAAAGUUUAAUUCUGACAUACAGAGCACAAAGGCAGCCUUAAACAAGGUGCUUCAAGUUGAAAAAAAAUCAAAGAAAAUAAUUUCAAUAUAUGAAGCUUUGUCUAAUAAGUUAGAAAUUUCUAUAACGAACACGAUAACUUCAAUAGCUUAUGCGCAACAAGAUAUUGAUAAAGUUAUUUCUGCUCUUGUAGAUUAUGUGAAUGAUGAAAAAGAACGGGUUUUGUUUAGGAUUAAGCAAUACUCUAUAUCAAAAAAAUUCAAUUAUAAUGAGUUAAAGUGAAGAGAAGAUGAUGAUGCUCAUUUUUCUGACUCCCCCCCCUUUAAAUUGGAACUAAAAAUUUUGUUCCAAUUUAAAGGGGGGCUAAGAAAAUUUUUUUAAAAAAAAAAUCAUUAUAAAAUUUAAAAAAAAAAAAAAUUUAUAUAAAAUUUAAAAAAAAAAAAAAAUUUCAAAAAUUUAUCGAAUUAGAUUAAUAAAUUUGUUUAAUAAAAUGGUAUUUACUCUUUAUCCUUUAAAACAAAGCAAGAUAUAACUAAAAAUUUUAUUAUUUUUAAUACGCCACUAUUAAUUGGUAUCAAAACUAUUUACACAAAAAUUAUUAUUUUUAUUGAUAAAAAAAUUUUAAAAAAACAAAAAUUUUAGAAAAUUUAUCGAUCAAAGUGCUAAUUUUGUUUAAAUAAGAUGUUAUUUAUACUAUAUUCUUUAAAAUAAAGCAAGAGAUAAGUAAAUUUUGAAUUUUUGUAAAGAAUUCGUAUUGGAUUUAUAUCAAAGCUAUUUAUAUAAAAAAUAUCAUUUUUUAUCAAAAAUAAUAAAAUUUUUUUUGAAAAAUUUUUAAAAAAAAAAAAAUUAAAUUUUUUUUAAAAAAUUUACAAUUAAGGAUAAUAAAUUUAUUUAAAUAAGAUGCUCUUUAUACUCUAUUCUUUAAACAAGAGCAGGUAUAACUAAAAUUUUAAUUUUAGUUAAGAAGAAACAUUUAAAUUAUAUCAAAACUUUUUACAUAAAAAUUAUGAUUUAUAUAUAUAAAAAUUUUUUAUUAUAAAAUUAAAAUUUGUUCCAAUUUAAAGGGGGGUUAAUUUACCAAAAAAGUGGAAAUUUUACCUAUAUUUGUUCCAAUUUAAAGGAGGGGGAGUGUGAGACAAAAAAUUGCAGUGGCCCUCUUAUUUCUUUUUCUAACUGUAUCAAGUCUCUACCUUUCAAAGAAAUUGAUAUAAUUUCUAAUGAAAUCGACAAUUUGUUUGAAAAUAACGCUCAAGUCUUAGCAAAUAUGAAUAAUUUACAAAAAUGUUUGGUUUUUAUCAAAAUUUCCUCAAAUAAGAUCAUAAAUCUUUUGAAAACUUAUACUUAUCAAAUAGAGCUCAAAUACCACGUUUAUCAACAAAAAUCAUCAUCAGAUGAAAUACGGAGAGUUCUUUUUGAUCAGGAAAAAUUCGAAAAAUUUUAUCAAAAAGUGAUAAGCAUUGGUAACUGGCUGUCUAGUGAAACCAAAAAAUUAGAGGCUUUUAUCGAAAUUUUGCCAUUGCAAUGCCAGAAAAUGUGUGAAAAAUGCGUGAUUUUUCCAUAUAAUAUUUUUAAUGAAAAUAAAUUUUUACAUGAGAAAUUGAAGCACAUCAAAAGUGCCUGCUUAUCAGCUUCUCAAUACUUAAACUCAUUAGUCGUAAAAGAAUCGCCUGCUAGCAUUUUAAGCCUAUUAAGAGCCACCCGCUUUAUUGAGCAAGCAAGCAGCAUGGAAAACUUUACACAAAAUGAUAUUAUUAUUUCCAAGGAAUUUAAAUACUCCACAAGCAUUUUAUAUAGAAUGUUGCACUUACGGUCAGAAUUAUUGAGAAAUUUGCAGCUUUACGCAUUAAUUAAAGAACUCGACGAAAAAAGAAAAUCCCUUUCUGAAGAUAUGAAAAUUCAUAUCAUUGAUAGCCCAAAUGCGAAAGAAUGAGAAAAUUAUAUCAAAAUUUUUGCAUAUGACUCAUUUGAUUUUAUAAAAAUCGAAAGCAAAAUAAAAAGCUCAAGGAAUAUAGGGUCUGAAGGGUUCCAUUCUUAUAAUUCAAGCUGAGAUUUAAAGAUUCCUAAAGAGAAUAUAAGUGAAAUUUCCAUAAGUAAGCCAAGCAAUAAUCACUCCAAUAGUGAUUGAUCAGAAAGUGAACUGUCUUGUAGCAUAAAAAGUGGCGAUGAUGAAUUAGAUUAUCAAAAUAAAUCAAAUGGCAAAAUAAAUUAUGCAGAAAAAAUCAGAAAUAAAUUGAACGAAUAUGCGAAAAAAACUCAUGCUAAAGGAAUAAAAGGGUGGAAAAGUGACUUAAAGCGCUUGAAAAAUCGAGAGAAAACUCAAACGUCUUUAGAUCAAAGCAAGGCGAAGAUUUUUCUUGAUGAAAGUUUAUUUAAAACCCCAAAAGAUGAAAAAUCUGACUUAUCGACCUGCUCAUUUACCCCAAACUCGAUCAAGAAUUCAUUUUUUUCUAAUAAAAGAACUAAAACUUGAAAAGAAAGCUCUAUCAGAUAUUCCAAAACAAUAAUUAGUAGCAGCAAAAGGAUAAAAAAUGUGAAAAGCACUGUGCGAGAUUCUGUUAUAAGAGAUGAAGAAAGCCUGAUAAGGAGUGUUUCGCUAAGGAAAGGAAGAUCGACAAGUAAAAUAGAGAAUAAAUUAUCUAGAGACCUAGAAAAUUUAGAAAGCUAUGAAGGAAUUAAUAUCAAGGGGGAUUUUUCUAAGCUGCAGAACUAUAAAGGAGGGUUUUUAAGAUGCAGAAUUAGAAAUAUACAAAGGGAUCGGUCGAUUUCAGCUAUUCAGAAGGUGAAUGCAAUAAGAGAUGAAUUUGAAAAAGCCAACAUGGAAGAGAAAAAAGUAAGGAAGCCAAGAAGUAGGCUUUCAAAAGUUAAUGAUUCAUAUUUAAUUUAA